AUCACAUUCAUCAGCGAAUAUGGAGGAAGUCGAGUCGGAACAGCUACGUUCGACGGGGACUUUCACGGGCCCAAGAGGUCACAUCCUUCACUACAACCACGUUCUACCACCUGCAACAGUCGCGCGUUGUGGCCUUGUCGUGUUUCUGCAUGGAUUGGGAGAGUACUCCUCGCGAUACACCAACUUGUUCGAUGAGUUGGCUCGCCACGGCUGGGUGGUGUACGCGCACGAUUAUGUCGGUCAUGGGCUAAGCGAAGGUGAUCGCAUGUACUUUGACCGCUUCGACGACGUCGUGGUAGACGCGGAAUCGUUUAUUGGCUUUGCCAAGUCCGACUCGCAGUCCACAAAACCGUGUGUGCUGUUGGGCAACUCCCUCGGUGGACUCGUCGCGAACUUUGUUGUGCUUAGACAAACCCAAUUAGUGGAUGCAGUCAUUCUCGUGGCCCCAGGACUUGACGUUCCUCGCACGUGGCUACUCCACGUCCAAAGCGCGGUGGUGUCGGUGUUGUCGGCCGUGUUUCCCAAGUGGCGCAUCGUGCCAAGCGGCGAUCGAAACAAUCUGACAAGUGAUCGUGCUAUCUUGGACGCAAUCGACAGCGACCCCCUGUUGAACAAGCUCCCCAUGAGCUGUCGAGUCGGUGCCGAGCUGCUUGGGGCGUUCACCGCAUUCAGCCAGCGAAAACACCUUAUCCAGCUUCCCGUGCUUGUUAUUCUUGGUUCCGAGGAAAAAAUGGUAUCGACAGCCAGCAUUCAUAGCUACGUACAAGACAUUGCAAGUCAAGACAAGGAGCUGCAGGAAUUCGACGGCAUGGGGCACUUGAUGCUCUUGGAAAGCACCCGCCACCAAGUGUUUCAGUCUGUUGGUCAAUGGCUCCAUCACAGAUACCACAACUAGGACUCACGAAAAAUCACUUUGUCGUGGGGUAAACAUCCGGAUCCGGUUAAAAUAAUCCAGUGGCGAACCAUUCCCCUUCGCAUUAUCCUCAA